AUGCACGUGUGGACAGUUGCAAGUGCGUUGGCGCUCGUGGCGCUGAGUCAGCAGGUCGCUGCCAAGUCCAAGGCGGACAAGGAGCGUCCGGGUAUCUGCAAAGAGACGGAAGACUGUGCGGUCGCCGGGUACGAGUGCGUCGCGCUGCAGACGACGCGGUCCGGCACGGACACGGUCAAGCAGUGCCUUCCCAAGGUGCAAGACACGGACGUGUGCUCGGGGCAGUUUCCGGGCCUGUGCCCGACGUUCUCGUCGUGGCCGAGUCCGUACAAUGAGAUCAGCAGCGUCUGCACGUACAAACCCGCGGAAAAGUGCGUGAGCGGCAAGAAGGCGUCCGACGACGGCGUGAUUUGUGUCAGCGGGGCCAAGGACAGUAAGGGCAAGUCCAUUGACGCGAUCUACGGCUGCGUGGACUUUGACACGAGCGCGCUCGAGGUGCUGUUUGGGGAGGACGAGGCGACUGAGUUUUCCGACAACUUGGGCACGACGGCGGCGCUGGUGGAGAACUGCUUGAGCACGAACGCCACGAGCAACUCGACGUUGCUGUGCUCGGGCCAAGGCACCGGUGACUCGUGCGACGUCAUUGACUCGAACAAGUGCCAGCUCCCGGGUCAAUGUGCGACGGGGGAGUGCAACUUGGAGACAAAGGAGUGCGAGUGUGCGGCCGGCACGACGGGCGACCAGUGCUCCGAGUGCGACCCCACGUCGAAGGAGGCCUGCAACGGGAAGGGCACGUGCGCGGCCUCGAUGUGCGAGUGCGAAGAAGGCUGGGAGGGCCUGCACUGCACAAAGGAGAGCGCGGUCCCGAAAGAGUCCAAGUCGAGCAAGGACGCGAAGCCGUCCAACUCGACCGCGACGUCGAGUGGGACCUUGUCGCCGCGUCCGAUGCCUCUUGUCGCUAUGGCCGUUGUCUCUAUGCUUACGUUUGCACUCUUCCAGUAG